AUGGCGAUCGGCUUCAAGGUGAGGGACCUGUGGAGGGCCCCGGUCCUCAAUCCGAUCAACCGGAAGGCCCGAUCGAUUCCCUUUCUCAAUCCGAUCAAUAUGUAUGGCCGGGUCUUCUUCUUCGCCUGGUUUGGCUUCAUGAUCGCUUUCUGGGCGUGGUAUGCCUUCCCGCCGCUGUUAACCGUCACCAUCAAGAAAGACCUGAAACUCACACCGGCUCAGGUUGCCAACUCCAACAUUGUGUCUCUAAGUGCAACGCUCUUGGUUCGUAUCAUAUCUGGUCCGUUGUGUGACCAAUUCGGCCCUCGAAUAGUGUUUGGCUUCAUCCUUCUCCUCGGCGCCAUCCCCGUCGGCCUGUCGCCGCUCGUGCAAUCGGCCGGCGGCCUCUACACGGCGCGCUUCUUUACCGGAAUCCUCGGCGGCUCCUUCGUCCCGUGCAUGGUGUGGUCGACCGGCUUCUUCGACAAGAACGUUGUGGGCACGGCCAAUGCUCUGACGGGCGGUUUUGGCAAUGCCGGCGGGGGGGUCACCUACUUCAUCAUGCCGGCUGUGUACGACUCGCUGAGAAAGCAUCGGGGCUACAAGCCUGACAAGGCGUGGCGCGUGACAUUCGUCGUACCGCUCAUCAUGGUCAUCGCGACGGGUGUGGCGCUGCUCCUCCUGUGCCCAGACACUCCGGACGGCAAGUGGAAAGAUCGCGAGCUGCACGCCAAGAAGAAUCUUGAGGAGCACAACGUCCAUGUCGCGGCGGCGCCGUCACCGGUCGUCGAUGUUCCUGGCAGUAUCAUGGACAAGCAGCAGCGGUCCCGGACGGAGACGAGCAACGGCGGUGGGACGGAGGAUGCGAUCAAGGACGACAUCCGGUUCGUCGACCACGAGGCACACCUCGACAGGGAUGAGAUGCUGGAGACGGCUCAGGGCGAGAUCGUGGUCAAGCCGACGGCCAAGGAGGCUCUGGAGGUGGCGGUCUCGCUGCAGACGGUGAUGAUUGUGCUGACAUACAUGUGCUCGUUUGGGGCGGAACUGGCCAUCAACUCCAUCCUGGCGGCGUACUACCUCAAGAAGUUCCCGAAGCUGGGCCAGACGAAGGCAUCCGACUGGGCGGCGAUGUUUGCCUUCCUCAAUCUUCUGACACGGCCGCUCGGCGGCAUCAUCUCGGACCUGCUCUACAACAGCUACGGGCGCAACCUCUGGCUGAAGAAGGGAUGGAUCACGAUCUGCGGUGUGCUGAGCGGCGUGUUCCUCAUUGUCGUCGGCCAGGUGGACUCGCACAAUGAAUCGACCGUGUACGGGCUCAUCGCGCUGGCGGCCAUCUUCAUCCAGGCCGGCAACGGUGCCAACUUCUCGCUGGUGCCACACGUCCACCCGUUUGCCAACGGGAUUGUGUCGGGCUUGGCCGGUGCUGGCGGCAAUAUGGGCGGCAUCUUCUUUGCUGUGAUCUUCCGGUUCAUGGACAACGGCACCAACUACGCAAAGGCGUUCUGGGUCAUUGGCGUGAUUCACAUUGGCGUCAAUCUGGCGGUGUCUUGGAUUCCGCCUGUUCCCAAGAACCAGAUUGGUGGCCGGUGA